AUGCAGCUAGUGGCUGCCGUGUUGGACAACGCAGCUUUAGGCAAUGGGCAGCCAGGGAAUGUGUCGGAGCAGGGACAUAAUAUAAAAAUCUGCUGUUUUGUGGUGCACAAACGGUGCCAUGAAUUUGUCACCUUCUCCUGCCCAGGCGCCGACAAAGGCCCAGCCUCCGAUGACCCCCGGAGCAAACACAAGUUUAAGAUCCACACGUACUCCAGCCCCACGUUUUGUGACCACUGUGGGUCACUGCUGUAUGGACUCAUCCACCAGGGGAUGAAAUGUGACACCUGCAUGAUGAACGUGCACAAGCGCUGCGUGAUGAACGUCCCCAGCCUGUGCGGCACCGACCACACGGAGCGCCGCGGCCGUAUCUACAUCCAGGCCCACAUCGAGAGGGAAGUCCUCAUCGUCGUCGUAAGAGAUGCUAAAAACCUUGUACCUAUGGACCCCAAUGGUUUGUCAGACCCUUACGUGAAACUGAAACUGAUUCCCGACCCCAAGAGUGAGAGCAAGCAGAAGACCAAAACCAUCAAGUGCUCCCUCAACCCUGAGUGGAACGAGACAUUCAGAUUCCAACUGAAAGAAUCGGACAAAGACAGAAGACUGUCUGUAGAGAUUUGGGAUUGGGAUCUGACCAGCAGGAAUGACUUCAUGGGAUCUUUGUCGUUUGGGAUUUCCGAACUGCAGAAAGCUGGUGUUGAUGGCUGGUUUAAGUUGCUGAGCCAGGAGGAAGGCGAGUACUUCAAUGUGCCUGUGCCGCCGGAAGGAAGUGAAGGCAAUGAAGAGCUACGGCAGAAAUUUGAGAGGGCCAAGAUCAGUCAGGGAACCAAGGCUCCAGAAGAAAAGACGACCAACACCAUAUCCAAACUUGACAACAACGGGAACAGAGACCGAAUGAAACUGACCGAUUUUAACUUCCUGAUGGUGCUCGGGAAAGGAAGCUUUGGCAAGGUCAUGCUCUCUGAGCGAAAAGGCACAGAUGAGCUCUAUGCUGUGAAGAUCCUGAAGAAGGACGUCGUGAUCCAGGAUGAUGAUGUGGAGUGCACGAUGGUGGAGAAGCGGGUGCUGGCCCUGCCUGGGAAGCCGCCGUUCCUGACCCAGCUGCAUUCCUGCUUCCAGACCAUGGACCGCCUGUACUUUGUGAUGGAGUACGUGAACGGGGGCGACCUCAUGUACCACAUCCAACAAGUUGGCCGGUUUAAGGAGCCUCAUGCUGUAUUUUACGCUGCAGAAAUUGCCAUCGGUCUGUUCUUCUUACAGAGCAAGGGCAUCAUUUACCGUGACCUCAAACUUGACAAUGUGAUGCUGGAUUCAGAGGGCCACAUCAAGAUUGCUGAUUUUGGCAUGUGUAAGGAAAACAUCUGGGAUGGGGUGACCACCAAGACAUUCUGUGGCACUCCAGACUACAUCGCCCCUGAGAUCAUUGCUUAUCAGCCCUAUGGGAAGUCUGUAGAUUGGUGGGCCUUCGGUGUCCUGCUGUAUGAAAUGUUGGCUGGGCAGGCACCCUUUGAAGGGGAGGAUGAGGAUGAGCUCUUCCAGUCCAUCAUGGAACACAAUGUGGCUUACCCCAAGUCCAUGUCCAAGGAAGCCGUGGCCAUCUGCAAAGGGCUGAUGACCAAACACCCGGGCAAACGUCUGGGUUGCGGACCCGAAGGUGAACGCGACAUCAAGGAGCAUGCGUUUUUCCGGUAUAUUGAUUGGGAGAAACUUGAACGCAAAGAGAUUCAGCCCCCGUAUAAGCCAAAAGCCUGUGGGCGAAAUGCUGAAAACUUCGACCGGUUUUUCACCCGCCAUCCACCAGUCCUAACACCUCCCGACCAGGAAGUCAUCAGGAAUAUUGACCAGUCAGAAUUCGAAGGAUUUUCCUUUGUUAACUCUGAAUUUUUAAAACCCGAAGUCAAGAGCUAAGUAGAUGUGUAGCCCUCCGUCCUUCAUUUCUGUCAUUCGAGCUCAACAGCUGUUGUGGUGACAUCUUUCCUUCUCAUUGCCACGUCGCAUCCAUGUUUUAUUUGCUGAUGAGACUAGAGUGACCAUGUUUCAGAAGCCAAAUGUCCUCAGGUAGUUUGGAGCAUCUCUGUGAGAUGGGAUGAUGCGGGCGGCACGUCACAAAUGUUGCUGCAUUAAUUAGCACAUUAGCAAGCGUCCUCCUCCCGUUGACUUUCCCCAGCAUGGCCGCUCCGCAGAGCCUGGGGGAACAGAAAAAUGCCUGCUUUCUCUACCUUUCUCCCAGCGCUCCCACAUCACACGUUUCCCAACUCCAGGCAUUCAGUCUAGAUCGUUCCUACCAAAUGAGCGGAUCACCGGAUGCUAGCAGCAUUCUCUCCCUCCUGGACCCGGAGCUUGGCUUGCAUCCAAGUGUAUGGUUGCUUUGACGUAGAGGGAAUUCCUCCAUUCUGCCUGGUUUGGAGGCACCAGGAGCUGUGCCGAGCACAGGCUAAAAAUAAAAUCUAUUUGCUACUUUUUAGACUCAAAGUGAAGGAGAUGAUCUCAGCCCUUUUAAAAUGCCAAGAGGGUGCUUUGAGACAGUCUCCAUCUAAAAGGACCUCAAGGGAUCAGUCAAAAGGCAACUGGCUUGGGCGCCACCUCCAUGCUGUAAUUCCUGAUACUCUCUGUCCCCCCUGAUCACCUUCAUCCUCAAACUCCUUGCAAAGGGCAUUUGGCAUCACCCCCCCUGAAAAGACAUGGUCACUCUAGCCAGGUCCCAGAGGACCAUGGUUUUACAUUACAUUUCAAAUUUUAUUUGCUUUGGGGUUUUAUUUGUGUUGUUGUUCAAAUGCAAAAAGAAAAAAAAAAAACUCACUUUGUUACACAUGCUUUGAAAUCUGUGUCCAAAUGUUAUUAACCACAAUGACCUGCUUUGAUUUGUCAAGAAGGCGGCUCUGGAGCCUAGCAGACCCAUGCCCACGCGGAUGGGAUUUGUCUAGGUUUGUUGCUGGCUUUGGAAAGCUAAUUAAGCACUCUGAGAAAGACACCAUUUCUUGAAACGUAGACGGUUGUAUUCUUCACUUUGAUGUUGUUUUGCAAGAUGUUUGUGGAAAUGUCCAUUUGUAUCUGGAUAUCUGUUAUGUGCCAUUUUUUUUCUAGCAUCGAGAUACAAUAAAAAAAAAAAAGAAAA